GCUUUUUCUGUCAAUAACCUAAAAUCUGAGCACCUUAAGCGUUUUACAGGUUGUAUAUUAAAUUUAAAAGCCUUUUACAAUUAUGAAUGCCUUUGCGCACUUGGACCUCUUCGAUGGUAUUCCCGCGAAAUGUCCUGUUAAGGGCUGCCAUUCGCAACUGACGCCCCAGGAGCUGCUGGCGCAUCUGUUAAUGCGCCAUCGCCCCGAGGAUUCGAUGCUGGAGAUCGGCGCCGAAUGGCACACUGUCUAUGACCUGGACUUGGCCAAGCUGACGCCGGGCUGCAAUCAUGUUGUAGGUGUUAUUGCGUACGCCGGCUCGAACAAUGCGAGCCGCAGUCGUCCCAUCGGGCCGGAGCUGCAGCUUGUUCAUCAUCUGCCCAUUAUACUAAUGCUGUAUGUCAGCCCGCCAGCUCCCAAUCUGGAGCAAAUGUACGUACUCUAUCUGAUAAGUCCGGUUGCAUCACGCAAAGUGAGCGCCCAUGUCAGUCUGCUGCAUGGCCCGGAGGGACGUGAGGUACGUGGCCUGCGUUGUUUGCGCAACUUUUUGGAUGCCCCGCUCCAGGACAGCGAGGAGCUGCUCCACAGCAACAUGGACUAUUUGAUCUACACGGCAACAGACGUCUGGGAGCAUUGCACGACCGGCGAUCGCUGCAAGCUCCAGUUUAAGGUGGUCCUGCACGGCGAGCCGGACUUGUUUGAAGUGGAGGAUGAUCAACAGGAGGAGACACUCUUGCAGGCCACCCAAUAAUGACUCACGGGUCUGACACCAAACAGCUGGCCCACUACCAAAAACUAUGGAUCCAUUGACGCACUCUUGCGGUCUGAGUGCCUGUCAAUAAUCUGUUGUUGUUAUUGAAUGAAACGCUGCUCAGCUGUCAGAAAAUGGUUUCAACUUAUUAUUCAUUCAAUAAUUUCUUGGCGCGCCAAAAAGUGGGUCAUACGCUUAGCCAGAUACCAGAUAGAUACCAAACACUUACAUGUUGUAUAUACCCAUGCAUAUCAUUUCGACAACCAGCUUGCCGAUCAAUCAACAAGGGCUACAUAAUUGAGGGGCCAUUGAUAUUGACUGCAUUGUGGCAAACCGAAAAAGCGGCACGGAAAAAUGUUUUUAAUUAGGUGUAAAAUGUUUUUUCUCGCUUUCAAAACAAUCUUUUAGAAUUUUUUAAAGCUUGUUUUUUAGACUUAUUUUUCUGUAUGAGUUUUCAAUGAUUUUAUUGCCUGUUAAAUUUAUAAUGAUGUUUAAUGAGAUUUCUGAUCAUUUGUA